AUGCGGCCGCGACUCCAUCCAUCAGCGGACACCUCGACCACAUGCGGAACACGCCGGCCCCGGGGCCCGGAGCCACAGCCGGCGACAUCGAGAGCCGCAAGCGCGUGGGCUCUGGGAUGGGCCGGGUGGCAGGCGGGCCUCCCGAUGGACGCCGGUGCCAUCCCCGUCGACGGGCCCCGGGACCCGGAGGUCGCCGUGGAGGAUGACGCGGGCGGCGACGUUCCGGGUGGUGGUGGAAGCUCUCGCGACGGAGCUGGGCCGCUGGACGAACAAGGAGGCGGAGAACCUGGUGUGCGACCUGCAGGCCUUCUCGUCGUCGCUGGAGGAUGGCUUCGACGGGCUGCGGAACCUGGCGGAGUACGGCCGCUGCCCGGAUGCUGA